AUGAGUAAAACCAGAAAGAAUAUUCAAAACACACUCUUUGAUGAGGCUCCAGAGAUUUCCGAAACACAAAGUAUUGUUCGGGUCGUAUCUACGAGAGGAACUAACCAAAUUGAAGUGGAAUAUCCGGUAACAAAGGAAAGAAUAUUGGUGAUUUUACCAACCAAGUUCAAUAAAUUGGUUUGGGUGAAGAAGGGAGAUUAUGUGGUGAUUAGCACGGAUCGGAGUGAACAAAAUAAGGGUAAAAUUAAAGGAUUUGUGGAUCAUAUUUUGUUGAGUCAUCAUGUAAAGAGUUUAAAAAAGCAAGGACAAUGGCCUCUUGAAUUUGAAACCAAUGAUGAAGAAGACUCCGCAGUGGAGAAACAUGAAAAGCAAGAGGAUGAAUAUUUUGAAGGAAAUCCAAACCGGGUGGCAUUUUCUGAUGAUGAAGAAGAUGAAGAGGACGAUGAUGAAGAGGAUAACAAUUAG